AUGUCUCGCUUUGCACGUUCGAGUGCGACUCCCUCGCUGGUACGCCUUCUGUCGUCGGAAACCCGCGCCAAGAUCGAGAAUGCCGUCAAGGAGGACCCGCUCGUGGUUUUCAUGAAGGGCUCGCCGAGCAUGCCCCAAUGUGGCUUUAGCCGUGCCGUGCUUCAGAUACUACAAGUCCAGGGUGUAAACCCCGACAAAGUGGCCACUUACAACUGCCUCGAGGACCAGGAGCUGCGCGAUGGUAUCAAGGAGUUUAGCGACUGGCCCACCAUUCCUCAAGUGUAUGUCAAUGGCGAGUUUGUCGGUGGCUGCGAUAUUAUGCUGAACAGUCUUCUUAUCGAGCCAGCGGCCAAGGAGUCACAGCCCUAA